UCGUCACGUCAGCGGCAGUCACGUCCAUGUAUGCGUACAAACGGUAGCGUGUUUCGCGGGCUGGCUUUGCUUCGCCCUUUGCUUCUUGAAGGGAGCUUCAAUCGAAUUUUAAAGAUAAGCAAAUCAGAUAGCAGCUACACAACAUAACACUGUGUUCCCCAGCUCUAUCAACGAGCUCAUGAAGAAGUCUGAUGAAGUUCCCCGGCCAGCUAGCUGCCCUGCCCUUCCCCAACAACAGACCUCUUCAAAAAGCCAACGCCCACUUAGCGCCUUGGAAGCAGAAUGGAGGAAUAGAGGACAUGGUUGCAAUUCUUUUUACACUAGCUCUCUCAAACCUCUCCAGAAUAUCCCUACAUUACUAGAAAGUGAAAGAAAACAGCCUGAAGAGACAACCAAUUCAGUUGUACCACCUUUGUUAGCCUUAUCUAGAACCUCCAAUACUUCAGGGGAGUCUAGUCUUUGGCCUUCUUCAUCAAGUAAUCCUUCAUCUGUAAACCCCCCUGAUUUCCAGAAGUUAAAAACUCGAAAGAUUUCGUUUGGUCCAAGGACUUUAUAUGGUUCAUCAGCUCAAAGUCAUCUGUUCGAAGACAAAGAGAAAGGUGAAGAUCAUAACAUGACAUCUGGGAACUCUGCUGUGACAUUACCUGGAACCCAAGCUGAAACUGAUGGCCAAUUAACAAAGGACAUGAACACACAGGCAGGACCCUCCAUGCUUGAUCCAUCCCAGAAGCUCCCAAAAAGAAUGUCUUGCUUUUUAGACACUGAAAACCAGCAACCAGCACCAAAGACUGUUAGAAUAGCUCCUUUCAACCGAUUAUCCAAUGAGCCACCAAAAAUGUCAGUUAUUGAUGGUGACAAAACCACUAUCUGCCUUCCCCACCCUGUUUCGGCAAGCAGUGUCCCCCCUGCUGAGUACCCCCCCUGGAACAAAAAUGAACAUCAGUGAUGGUGGAUUUGUUGCUUGCAUUCCCAUGCCUGGAGGAGGAAAGUUCUCACCACAUCGGCUUGCCGCUCACAGAACUAAUUGUGGAUGCCAUGCCCAUAUCAGGGCUCAAAAAAUUCUAGCGUCGAAAGACUCCAAUGAAGGCACAAAGACACAACCAGUAGUGAUUGAUUCAGAUGAUGAGUUAGAAAUUGUAAUGGAUGUACCAGCAAAUGCUUCUACCCAAACAAAAGAUUCGCUAAUUGCAGAUGUCCCAAGGGCCAUCAAGAAAGAACCCAGGCAGACAACUGUAGCUUCCUCUCAAACUUUGAAUGCAAAACAAAAUACUGCAACUCAUCUAUCACCAAAGCAAAGAGCAAAGAUGAGUGCAGAUCAUAGCAAAACAAAUCCUGUUGAAGCUCCGGAAAAAACAGCUGAUGAUAUCAUGUCUCCAGAGACUGUCGGUCUUUCUCUUGCAAACAUUGUAUCCAGGAUGAGCAAAGGGAUGUUAUCUACCAGGCAGACUGACAGUGGUAGCAGUAGUGAGUCCACCACUUCAGAGUCCAUGCCUUUGUCACCCUCUCCAUCUAUACCUGCUGUUGACACAUCUCUCUUCUCCAACCCUGAUAAGCUUGUCCAAAUGCUGAAAGAAAUCAAGCGAGUGAGGCCCUUCAAAAGAUUGCGUGUCACAGGCAGAAAUCUUUUCCAAGCAGCCAAGACUGGAAAUCUGGAAAAAGUUAUUGCACUUUUAGUUGAAGGCUGCCAGGCCAAUAAUCAGGUUGAGUCUGAGAAAGGCAGAACAGCACUACAUGCGGCGGCCGCUGGGGGAUACUUGGAUAUACUUAAAGUGCUUAGAAUGGUUGGCGGUGAUGUGGAUGUUCUAGAUUAUGAUAUGCGUACUCCUAUGUUCAAUGCUGUUGAGGAACAUCAAAUACAGGCAUUUGAGUACCUGUCCAAGGCUGGAGCAUCUCUCAGAGCCAAGGACCAGGGGGGUAUGACUUUGCUCCAUGUGGCAGCUCGUCGUGGUCACACAGAUCUAAUUUCUCUACUCCUAAACACAGGGGCCUUUGACAUCAAUCAGAAGGAUGACGGCGGCUGGACAGCCAUCAUGUGGGCUGCCGAGGACAAGCAUAUGGCCACCACCAAACUUUUGAUUGACAGAGGAGGCAGUGUUCAUCUCAGAGAUCUGGAAUUGAAUAUCCCUCUGCAUUGGGCAGCGUACGCUGGUAGUGAAGACAUCUCACUUCUACUUCUUGACGCUCAUUCAGAUGUCAAUGCCAUCAAUAAGCAUGGUGAAACUCCCUUACACAUUGCUACAAGGGAAGACAACUUCGCAUGCGUCCAAUUGUUCAUGGACCGUGGAGCACGUAUCGACAUCGCAAACAGAAAUGCCAUGACGCCACCUGAGGUCGCCUUAGAGGGAACCAAGUCUCAAAAGCUUCUUGAAGUGAAUAAGAUGCUACGGCUAUGCCAGCCUAAGGCACGCUACAGACUUCUAAGCUGUGAUAUUUCGAGAGGGCAAGAAAAUGUGGCAAUACCGUGUGUUAAUGAGGUUGACAAUGAACCAUGCCCAGAUUUCCACUUUGUGAAAGAGUCCUGCGAGGUUGGAGGCUCAUCAAUUCAGUGGAACAUCGACACCAUUGAGAGUUGUUCCUGUGAAGGUGACUGUCGAAGUGGCCUGAUGUGUCAAUGUGCUAACCACAGCGCUCACGGCAAGAUAUGGUAUACACAGGAUGGCUUGCUGUCUAAUGAAAUCCAUAAGCUAGACAGACCGCUGAUAUUCGAAUGUAACCGCCUGUGCAAGUGCUGGAGCUACUGCCGCAACCGAGUGGUCCAGAAAGGAGUCCAAUAUCCCCUCCAGCUGUUUAAGACUAAAAGGAAAGGGUGGGGUGUGCGCGCACUGUGUCCCAUCCCCCAGGGGGUGUUCUUGUGUGAGUACACCGGCGAGCUCAUCUCGGAUACAGAAGCAGACCUCCGCAACGAUGACACCUUCCUAUUUGAUCUCGAUUGCAAGGAAAGUGACCAAGAGCUGUUUUGUAUUGACGCGCUGAGAUUUGGUAACAUCAGCCGAUUCAUCAACCAUUCCUGCGAACCAAACUGCAUUCCCACCCGAGUCUUUGUCAACCACCAGGAUAUUCGCUUUCCACGAAUAGCAUUCUUCUCUUCAAAAGACAUAGAGAUAUACCAAGAAAUAUGCUUUGAUUACGGCGACCGGUUUUGGGAGGUGAAGAAGGACGAGUUCUACUGCCAGUGUGGAACCGACAGCUGUAACUACCGCGCCCCGAGCGUUUAGCUUCCGUUCUGUUAUUCCUGUGCAUAACCGACUCCUUAUAUAGUCAUCAUCGCAGUCCAUAUUUGGACAACUUGCUGGUAUACUCACCUUUUUUGGUUAUCCCAUUCUAUAUUUGGAAAUUCAGGGAAAAUUUAUGCGCGACCGUUUCCUUGCGCCAAGCUGUCACCUUGAAAGUUCUGCGAGAUAUUUUACUUGAUUGGCUAGAAUCUCGUCAGCCAAUCAGCGUAGUGAUGGGAUGCUUCAGUUCGGCUUCAUAGCACGAUGGGGCCUUCCUAGCUUCGUAUUACUUGUCAAUCAAAAUUAUGACUCGCGCAUGCUGAUUUGCUAGAUUUCGUAACAUUUUAUUGGCGGCCAUGGUUAUAUAUGCUAUUUAAAUUGUACAUAAGAAUGCUAUCCACCGAUUUCACCAGUUCCCAAAGUUCAUCUUGUUAGGUUAUAUUUAGACGAUAAUGCGAGGUGAUGAGCCAAGUGUGAAAGUCAUAUCCACUUCCGUACAAAACAGCACCUGUUUUCCUGACCAUUUUAUAGGAAGAUCCUAAAGAUAGCGAAUGAAAAUUCCUUCAUGCUUUGUACAUAUUGUUUUUUUAAAAAAAAUAUUUUUCUAUAUAAAGUUUUUAUCGUUAUUUUCCUUACUACAGAUAGCUAGGGUUUUCCAAUUUUUCUUCUUGAAAUAUAUAGCCUUGUUUCGAUUUCGAUUAAUGAUUUUUAAUAACGUUAUGAAUAUUCAUACAAAGCAACUAAGCUGUUGCGUCUGUUAAUAUAGAGUAGUUUUACUGAUAUUGAGGGCUUAGUCCUUUGCUCCGACGCAGGGCUAACGCUAAAAUUCUCUAUCUUCACAUAGUCGUUAAAUAUACCAUUUCAGCUUUGUGUUAUUUUAGUUUCCCCGGUUCCACCACGCCUACGCAGACCUCAUAGUUAUUCUACAGCUUGCCUGUAUCUUUUCUAUAAUUAUUAAAACUAUAUUAGUUGUUUUUAUACCUUUUUACGUUUACGUGUGGUAAAUAAAAAUAUCAAUAAAAUUUUGAUUACUUUAAUAACCCCUCUAUGAUCGUUAACAGUAGUAAUACCAUCUAUACACCAUAACUCGAGAGUUCAUUUUGAUUACUCUUUGAGUUUUGCGUUUUGUAACAGCCAAUUUUGGUGACAAAAAAAGACGAAUAAAUGUGCUCAUUGCU